CGCCGCGCUUUCAACAUCUUCGCAAAAAUUAUCGAUGUGGUUUUAAUUCGCGGAAUGAAUGUGUGUGGUCAUUGAUUUUUUUCUUCGUAUUUCACGAACGGGCUAUAGGUAAAACACAGUGCAGCAUUUUAGUGAGCAUAUUUUUUCAUAUUAGUUCGGGAAAAUGGAAUGUUUUUAUUUGGAUGAAAUAAGUGUAAAUUUCGUGCGGAAAAUGUUAAUGUGUUGAGGUCAUUUUAUUGGCUCUGUGGUGAACGUAACUAAUUUGAAGAUUAUGCUGAGCUGAUAUGGAUCUACAAAGUAUAGUGUAUUUUGAACAAUAGUGUAAAGGCGAAAACUGAUAAAUCUGCAAAUUGUAAAAUUCAGAAAGUGUUUGUGCUGCGGCAAACGGUGUAGCAAGAGCUUCUGUUCGUUUUUUGUUUUCCGCUAAUGUGUGCGCUUGCGAAUGGAGAAAGUGGUUGAAUGAAAAAGAGGAAAUAAUGUCACGCCGCAUCAAUUUAAUCGGGGUAUGUGCCGUCAGCGGUUUGUGUAUUUUACUACUAUUUGCAAGCCACCGGUUAACGUCUAAUAGCUACGCGACGGAGUAUUUCAAACCACGGGAAAGAAAUGCGAAUCUGCGGCUGUUGAAUGCUCACAAAUUUUACGGAUCGAAAGCCUACAGCGCAGGUUCCUCAUACGAUACGAAUCCGAUCAUCCCAACACCGCAAAACACCACCGUCACAAUCGAUGAUAUCCUCAAUUAUCAACGAUCGCGCAUUGCUGACGAAAUGAUCGAAUUCGAAUAUCCUAACGGGCUAUAUAACAACGAGGCCACCAAAUUGGCUGAUUUGACCCCCGAAACUGACGGCCAACCGGUGCGAAGCAUUAUUGUUACUACCUGGCGGUCGGGUUCCACCUUUCUGGGCGACAUCCUGAAUGCGAUGCCCGGCAACUAUUACCAUUACGAACCGCUGCUCGAUUUUGACAUCGUCCAAAUCCGUGGGCCGCCUAAUGAUCGGAUCGCGGUGCACAAUUUGAAGCACCUGCUCAAGUGCGAUUAUACCGAGAUGGAGAGCUAUCUUGAGUUUGGCAAAACUCACAAUUAUCUCUUCAGUCACAAUACCCGCCUGUGGCGACACUGUCGGUUGUUUCCGCAGUUUUGCUAUGAGCCAAAGUUCCUAGGAGCGUUCUGCAAGCUGUUCCCGCUGCAGAGUAUGAAAGUGGUGCGCCUCAGGGCCUCGCUGGUUACGCCACUGCUGGAGGACAAAAGCUUGAACGUUCGCGUUAUCCUACUGAUCCGCGAUCCCCGGGGGUCACUGCAGUCGCGCAAGCAUCGAGUGUGGUGUCCCGGUCGCCCGGACUGUGACCAUCCGCCGACGGUCUGCAACGAUAUGCAGCUCGACUACGAAGCGGCCGUCGAGCUGACAAAAAUGUAUCCGACAAGGUUCCGCGCCAUCCGCUACGAAGACCUGUCGUUGGAUCCGUACAAAAUGACCAAAGAGAUUCUCGAAUUUUACGGUCUUCCGUUCGAUCCAUCCGUUGAGGCGUUCUUGGAUACGCACACGAAGCUGGACAUCGGAGGAGUUAGCUCCACUUUUCGUGAUUCAAAGUCAGCACCCUUCCAUUGGACAAAAGAUCUCACAUUCGAAGAGGUGAAAAUAAUUCAGGAUAGCUGUGUAACCGCAAUGAAGUCCUGGGGAUACAAAAAUGCGACUAGUGAAUCGGACCUCCUAAACUUCGAUCCGUUGCUGCCGUACAGCGUGUCGUGAAAUGCGGCCACGGCGGGACCGGAAAGCAGUUGAUCGGCACCGCCGAUCGAUCGGAAUGUGUUCGGAACAAAAGGUUGUUUGUAAGUCAGGUCCGCUCCUGGUCGGUUUCACGACGCGAUCAUCCACGGUUCCAGACUUUCCACGGGCAACUGACUUACUGAAUUGUCUUAAUAGGGUCAAGUACUUGUUCGUUUUGAACGGACGCGCUGAAGUGCUGCAGAAAGCAAAUUUAGUUUAUAGAGAACACAAGCAUCUGUGAUGAACCUAGGUAAAAUUGAAAUCGAAUUAUUCAAUGUUUAUUGAUUAUGAAUAACAAUUACGUAUAUAGAAAUUUUUGGGCAAAUAGACAAGACCGUCAUCAAUAGGAGCAUAUGUUUAUAUUUUAAAACAUCCUAAAUUUAAAUUAAAACAAAACUGUACUACGUAUGUUGUGAUAACUUUUUUGAACUGAUCAAGUGAAAACUGGAUUGUGAGUAAAGUAAAGUAGACAUGUCUUGCAAGGUUUCAAUUGCAAUGUCUCGAAUAGGCUAAUUAUUUAUAUUGAAAUAUCGGAUAUUUUUAUUUAUUAAAAUUUCCAAACUCACAUAUUCUCGGGGCGUUGAGGUGUUUGGUUUUCUAACAUCUAAUCCAAUUUUCAGAGAUCCAAUGGCGUAUGUAUUUUCGCAGGUUGCAUUUUUACCCACAAUAAGAGAUUACAUUUUUUAUGGAAUAUCUUUUGGUUUCAUGUUACUUAACAUAUUGCUCUGUAAGACGAUCUUGUCACGUAUUUCCCUAUUAGAAUUAUGGCACACAGGUAUGCAAGCUCUACGGGAAGAGCCGAUUAUAACCGGCCGAGGAGAACGUUCUUUGCUACUUUAUGACAAAUAAUAUAAUAAUUUGUACUAAAAUUGGGCGAAGCUUUAAUUGCUGCUUCAAAUAAUUUUGAAGUAUUAAUAAAAGACGGUCAGGUCACUCACGAAUGUUAUUGCAAUGAGACAGACAUGGUACAUUUCUAUAUUACAUUAUUCUGCGUAAGUUUACUUACUUUCUAUUUUUUAUCUCUGUUG